AUGGCAUCCGAAAAGCCAGAAGACGGUCACCAGCCCGAGAAGGAAGGUCCCGCCAUCACCGCAGACCCCGAGCCCGGCCGUCAUAGCGCCAUCACCGGUAAGCCGUGGAUGUACAAGCCGUUGAAAAUUGGCCCCUUGACUCUGCCAUGGUUUGCUUCGCCUGAGGUCCAGUUGGUUCUGGUCUCGUUUGUUUGCUUCCUAUGCCCCGGUAUGUUCAAUGCCGUCAGUGGUCUCGGAGGUGGUGGACAGGUCGAUCGAACGGACACCAGCAAUGCCAACACGGCCCUGUACAGUACCUUCGCUGUUGUCGGCUUCUUCGCAGGUUCCAUCGCGAACCGAAUCGGUCUUCAGCUGACCCUCUCUUUUGGUGGUUUUGGCUAUUUCCUCUAUGUGGCAUCACUUCUCUCCUACAACCACAACAAAAAUGCCGGCUUCCUUAUUUUCGCUGGUGCCCUGCUGGGUGUUUGUGCCGGUCUAUUGUGGUGCGCGCAGGGUGCAGUCAUGAUGAGCUAUCCGCGUGAGAACGAGAAAGGAAAGUUCAUCGCAAUCUUCUGGGUCAUCUUCAAUCUUGGUGGAGUGAUUGGAAGUUUGAUUCCCUUGGGCCAGAAUUUGCACUCGAGCGCCGGAACGGUCAAUGACGGGACUUACAUCGCCUUCAUGGUUCUCAUGGCUCUGGGAUUCGUCCUCGCCUGGUUCCUUUCGGACUCCAAGUACGUCGUGCGCAAGGAUGGUUCCCGCGUCAUCUCGAUGAAGAACCCUACCUGGAAAUCGGAGCUCCUCGGUCUCUAUGAGACUCUUCGCACCGACUACUACAUCGUCCUGUUCUUUCCCUUGUUUUUGGCGAGUAACUGGUUCUACGGAUACCACUUCAACAGUGUCAAUGGCGCCUACUUCAACAUUCGUACCCGGUCUCUCAACAGUUUACUCUAUUGGCUCAUGCAGAUGGUUGGUGCUUUUGUCUUUGGUCAGCUUCUGGAUCUGAAAUCCCUUUCUCGGUCCAUGCGAGCCAAACUCAACUGGCUCAUUCUCCUUGUCAUCACCAUGGGUGUCUGGGGUGGUGGUUAUGCUUUCCAGAAGCAGUAUACCCUUGACACCGCCAAGCAAGACGUCGACUUUACGUCCCAUGGCUACGUUGGUCCCAUGUUCCUCUACAUGUUCUAUGGCUUCUACGACGCAGCUUUCCAGACGUGCGCAUACUGGUUUAUGGGAUCCCUCUCCAACAACGGUCGUAAACUAGCAAACUUUGCAGGUUUCUACAAGGGAAUUCAAUCGGCUGGUGCUGCAGGAAUGUGGCGCAUGGAUGCAGAAAAGACCCCCUUUAUGACCCAGUUCGCCUCCUGCUGGGGAUUGCUUGUUGGCAGCCUAUUGAUUGCUUCUCCCAUCAUCUUCUUCAAGAUCAAGGAUCACGUGGAUGUCGAGGAGGACCUCAAGUUUUCCGACGAAACAGCCGAAGAUGUGAAUGGUAUUGCCAUCGAAGACCGCAGAGACUCAACGAAGGGAGAGCCAGUCACAAAACAUGUGUCCUCGUCCUAA